AAUAUCUCCGUUUUUCUUGUGUCUCUCUCUUUCUCUCUCUCUUAUCCAGAUAUCAUCCCAUUACAUAAACUUUUCAAAUUCUUUUCACCUUUCACGUUUUCGUGUUGUGCCCAAUUCUCAUUCGAAUCAGAUUUCUCAUAAUUUCAAUUCAAAGAUUUCGUUUUUUUGGUUCUUAGUUUUGGGUUGUGUUUUGACUCUGUAGCCGAAUCGACACGGUUUCGCUAUUUUCCCGGGAAGCAAGAUUUUCUCAGGGAAAUUCUAAAACUGAAGGAAAAUUUAUAGCUGGUCUUAGUUAAAGCAGCUGAUUCUGCAAAUACGAUUUGCAUUGAUCCGUAGAUGAGACCAAUCGUUAGAUCAUCUUCUCUCAGUAGAAUUAGAUGGGCUCUGAGGAAUCAAGAACGCAAUUCUUCAACUUUCUACUCGAAAAGCAGCAAACUUCUGAUCGGUGUCAAUCAAAAUCAAGCUCUGGUGAACACAAACACUCGUAAUCCAGCUUUGUAUUCGAGGUUAAGUUUCUUGAGAGGUCUAUCAGCAGAAGCAGUAGAAGCAGCUGAUGCUGUUAGGCUCACUGUCUCAGAUGUGAAUAGAACAGGUCCUCUUGUUGAGUAUGAGAGAAGAAUCAGUGAUGGUGAGCUCAUGACUGGUGAUAUCUGCCAACUUAGCGCAUUGAGAGAGCUUCAGAGACUACAUGAUGAGCUUAUGGAAUCAGUAGAUACAUGUCGUUUAGAUCGGUACAACACUUCUGAUAAAUCAUCAAGAAGCCGUUGGUUCUGGUCUAGGCUCAUGCCGCAGUCUUCUUACUCACCCGUCAAAGGAUUAUACCUCUAUGGAGGUGUAGGCACAGGAAAAACCAUGUUGAUGGACUUAUUCUUUGAUCAACUGCCUUGUUCUUGGAAGAAGCAGAGGAUACAUUUCCAUGAUUUCAUGUUGACUGUUCAUAGUCGGUUACAAAAGCACAAGGGUUUAUCAGAUCCACUUGAAGUUGUAGCACAAGAGAUUGCUCAUGAUGCGAUCUUACUAUGUCUAGAUGAGUUCAUGGUAACUGAUGUUGCAGAUGCUCUGAUACUUAACCGACUCUUCGGACAUCUCUUCAGCAAUGGCAUCAUUCUUGUUGCCACAUCGAAUCGGAAUCCUGAUAAACUCUAUGAAGGAGGACUCCAGAGAGAUCUCUUCCUACCUUUCAUUGCCUCACUAAAGGAACGGAAUAUGGUUCACGAGAUCGGCUCAUCUGUUGAUUACCGGAAACUAACUUCGGCUGAGCAAGGAUUCUAUUUCAUCGGUAAAGAUCUUUCGACCCUUUUGAAACAGAAGUUCCAACAACUGAUUGGAGACAAUGUUGUUGCGCGUACACAGGUAGUAGAAGUGGUUAUGGGAAGAACAUUACAGGUUUCAUUAGGGGCUAACGGAUGUGCAUACUUUUCUUUUGAAGAAUUAUGUGACCGACCUCUCGGAGCUGCUGAUUACUUUGGAUUGUUCAAGAAGUUUCACACUCUUGCACUGGAAGGAGUACCGGUUUUUGGGCUUCAUAACCGGACCUCUGCAUAUAGAUUCGUCACGCUAGUUGAUGUGAUGUAUGAGAACAGAGCAAGGUUGUUGUGUACAGCUGAAGCAAGUCCUCAAGAACUCUUGGAAAAGAUUGUAACAAUCUCAGAGGCGAAAUCAAUGGCUCCAAGAACAUCGUCCAGAUCAAGGAAGAACGAUGUUUCCGAGCUCUGCGUGGAUAACGAGUUAGGCUUUGCAAAAGAUAGAACCAUCAGUAGAUUAACAGAAAUGAACAGCAAAGAGUACUUGGAGCAGCAUGCCAUAACACAGAAUUUAUGAAAACAUAAAACGCAUACAGGAUCAUAUGGCUUUUCACGGAUUCAAUUGAAUCCUAUAAUAACUUGUUGUAUUUUAUGUAUCAUGUAUUAAUCGCCCACCAAUUGAUAAGAAUCAUGGGAUGGAAAUAUCAUCCGUUGUUGUAAACAUUGAAUUUUGAAUUUACAUCUAUAUUAAAACCCA